GGCGGAUGUACUUUCCUAUCGCGCCUUUAUCAAGUCACAUGCUCCACGCUCGUGUGGACAAAUAUAAAGUAUCAAUAGACUUUCCAAUCGCGACAAGCGAUUUUUCGAGUAUUUCGUCGACACAAUGGGUGACAAAAUGAAGCCUACCGGCACAACUACACUGGACCUCGGAUCUCAUGGCCAACUUAAGGGAUCCGUAUUUGCCAAUGGUGUCAAAAGAUUCACACACGUCCCAUAUGCUCUGCCCCCAAACGGGCCGCGAAGAUGGAAGAAGCCCGAACCGCUUCCCAAAGACCACAUCUACGGCCCGCUAGACUGUACUCAAUACGGCAACGUCUGUCCUCAGCCACAGUAUAUCGUCGAUGGAAGCCCUUUGAUCGACACAAACUACAGCUUCAAUGAAGAUUGCCUUGCUGUUAAUGUGUGGCUGCCACCCGGUGAUCCGCCAAAGGGAGGCUGGCCGAUUCUUGCGUGGAUCCAUGGAGGGUGGUUGCAGAUUGGCGAUCCGUCUCUAAAAGAGAAUUCCCAGCCUACGCAGCUCAUUGCUGAAGGUGGACUUGAUGCUAUGGUAGUCAGUAUCGGGUACCGUUUGAACAUCUUUGGGUUCCUUGCUGGCAAGGGAUUGGAGGGGAACUUCGGGUUUUGGGACCAGCGAUGUGCUCUAGAGUGGCUGCAAGACUAUGCCCCGCUACUUGGUGGUGAUCCAGAGCGUAUCACUCUGGGCGGUCUCAGUGCCGGUGCUUUUUCAACACACGUCCAGCUGAACUACGAGCUCUUUCACGGCAAUGACAAGAAACCACUAUUCAACAAUAUCUGGCUGCAAAGUAAUGCCAUACCUGCACAACCGAAAACCCUGGAUGAAGUCGAGACCCAAUUCCAAAACGUCUUAUCCACUUUCUCGAUCUCCACCGAUCUGCCCCCAUCAGAGCGCCUCGACAAACUCCGUUCCAUCCCGGCAUCAACCCUCGUCUCUCGAAUUUUCGACCUCGACAUCCACACCUUCCGCGCCGUCACUGAUGGCGAAAUGAUUCCCUCCGAUCUAAUGGCCAACAUCCACUUCGGGCGUUUCGCAGCACGCUUCAAGCAGCGCCGCAUGCGGAUCCUGCUCGGCGAGGCCGAGACAGAGGAAGUGUUGUACUCGCUCACGAACCCGCCACCAGACUUCUCAAACAAGGAAAUGCUCAAGGCGCUGAACAACUACUACGCUGGCCCGGUGUGCGAGACGCUGCUCUCGCUAUACAAGAAUAAAGGUAGUGCGGCAGACGAGAGAGUCGCUUCUGCGUUGUCUCUCGAAGACGAGCAGGAGAAAGCGAAACGGCUUUUCGGUCUCAUCACAUCGGACGUACAAGUCCGCGCGCCAAUCCGUGUGCUGUCCAAAGCGCUGUUUGAUGGCGGGGUGCCUGCUGAGCGUAUCUUGAGGUAUAGAGUUGCGUAUCGCCCAGAGUGUACAGAUAAAGUGUAUCCAAGGAACUUUGGUGUGACCCAUGCUGCUGAUGGUAUGAGCUGGUGGUAUAUUGAGCGGUAUGGAUUUGAUGAGGAAGAGAGGGAUAACGUCAAGAGGUGGCUUGGGAAGACGCUGAUUCCACUAGUCGGAGGUGACGGUGAUAGUGGAAAGAAGCUAAGAGCAGAAGAGCUCUUGUACUUCAGGGAAAGCGGAGAGAUUGGUGUUGUGGAAGAUCAGCAAUGGGAGUGGCUGAGUCAUGUUUCGGAGACACUUUAGAGUAGAACAAGUCUUGAGCGAAUAACGAUAGCGAUUGAAGGCUGCAAUGGUAGAGCCAGGCUCAACGAAUUUGUUCCUUC